CCGCCGCCGGCCGUCGCCCGCAGUGCAGCGUCCCCAGCCUGAGCCGCCGCCAGCUGCCCCUGCGGGCGCAAUGAGGAGCCGCGCCGGAGCCGCCGCCUCAGCGCCGCACUGAGAAGCCUUAGCGAGGGAGCGAGCGAGGCCGCCCGGGCCGCCUCACCCCUACUCCGCCCGCCGCGGAUCCCGCCGCCCCUGCCGGAUCGCCUUGCGAGCGGCCGCAUCACCUCCUGUCGGCGGCUCCGGGAGCCCCGAGAUCCCUCCGCCGCGGAAAAAAAAUAGUCCCGUUCCCUGCCGCCUCCCUCAGAGGCGAGGGGGAAGGCGAAGAGAGGGGAGGGGGAAGGAGGAGGAGGAAGAAAAAGAGGAAAAAAAAAGAAAAAAGGGGAGAGGGAGGGGGAACGAAAAAGAGAGAGGACCCCGGCGACGGGAUCGGAGGAGCCGGGCCGUGAGCCUCCGCCCCAUGUGACUGGCGCCCAGGGUGGGGGCAGCGAGGCCUAGCAAACCCCCCUCGCUCGGGGCCGGCAGCGGGAGCGGCGCCGGGGGGGCUGCGGACUGGGCGGAGGCGGCUCUCGGACCCACCGGCGCUGCCGGGAAGGAUGGUUUUGUGAGGAACGGGCGGCGUGAGGAGGAGGAGGAGGAGGAGGAAGGAGCAGCCGCCGCCGCCGCCGGCGGGCGAAGAGCGCGACAGAGACCGAGAGGGGAGGGGGCUUCCCCGGGGGGGGGAAGGGGGGGUCCCGGCGUUUCAUGUGGCGCGUCCCGCCCGUCUCCUCCAGCUGAGCGAGCGAGGGAGCGGCAGGCGGGCCCGCCGAGCCGCCGGGGCGAGGCGAAGGGGGAAGGCAGGAAAAGAGAGGUGAUCGGGGCAGAGCAGGAGCGGGAGACCAUGUCCGGGCGGCCCAGGACCACCUCCUUCGCGGAGAGCUGCAAGCCGGUGCAGCAGCCCUCGGCCUUCGGCAGCAUGAAAGUUAGCCGAGACAAAGAUGGCAGCAAAGUGACUACAGUAGUGGCAACUCCUGGACAAGGUCCGGACCGACCACAAGAAGUUAGCUACACAGACACCAAGGUGAUUGGAAAUGGAUCUUUUGGUGUUGUGUAUCAAGCCAAACUCUGUGAUUCAGGAGAGCUUGUGGCCAUUAAGAAAGUCCUGCAGGAUAAAAGAUUUAAGAACCGAGAGCUCCAGAUUAUGAGAAAGUUGGAUCAUUGUAACAUUGUCCGAUUGCGUUAUUUCUUCUACUCUAGUGGAGAGAAGAAAGAUGAGGUGUACCUCAACUUGGUGCUGGACUAUGUUCCUGAAACAGUAUACAGAGUUGCCAGACAUUAUAGUCGGGCCAAACAGACACUCCCUAUGAUUUAUGUCAAGUUGUACAUGUAUCAGCUGUUCCGGAGUUUAGCCUAUAUCCAUUCCUUUGGGAUCUGCCACCGGGAUAUAAAACCACAGAACCUCUUGCUGGACCCUGAUACAGCUGUUCUAAAACUCUGCGACUUCGGAAGUGCAAAACAGCUGGUUCGUGGAGAACCUAAUGUUUCAUACAUCUGCUCUCGGUACUACAGGGCACCAGAGUUGAUCUUUGGAGCCACCGAUUAUACCUCCAGUAUAGAUGUGUGGUCAGCAGGCUGUGUAUUGGCUGAACUGUUACUAGGACAACCAAUCUUUCCAGGUGACAGUGGUGUGGAUCAGUUGGUGGAAAUAAUCAAGGUUCUGGGAACGCCUACAAGGGAGCAAAUUAGAGAAAUGAAUCCAAACUAUACUGAAUUCAAAUUCCCUCAGAUUAAGGCACAUCCAUGGACUAAGGUCUUCCGGCCCCGCACUCCACCAGAAGCAAUUGCGCUAUGUAGCCGUCUGUUGGAGUACACCCCCACUGCCCGCCUGACUCCCUUGGAGGCCUGUGCGCACUCUUUCUUCGAUGAACUACGGGACCCAAAUGUCAAGUUACCAAAUGGGCGAGAGAAACCUGCACUCUUCAAUUUCACCACUCAAGAACUGUCAAGUAACCCAUCUCUGGCUUCGAUCCUCAUCCCUGCUCAUGCCCGGAACCAAGCAGCUGCUUCAACCCCUACAAACGCUACAGCGGCCUCAGAUGUUAACGCAGGAGAACGAGUUCAGACCAAUAGUGUAGCUACAGCAUCAGCCUCCAACUCCACCUGAACCGGUACCAAGCAGCCAGCUGCACAGGAAAAAUCACCAGUAAUUUGAGUCUUGCUCAGCAACACUGGUCACAUUUGGAAAGAAAAUUAAAAAGAGGAAAAAAAAAAAAAACCAACAAAAAAAACCAACAAACCAACCAACCUGUUCAUUUUAGUGUUCAAUUUUUUAUUAUUAUUAUUGUUGUUCUUAUUUAACCUUGUAAAAUAUCUAUAAAUACAAACCAGUUUCAUUGUAUUCUCACUCUGCAGGGUGUCCGGGGCAGGGGACUAGGUGGGGGGAGGAGGGAAAGCGGAGCAAUACAACACACCAAUGUCUCUCCCCUCGACAAUCUCUUCAUGUUGGAAGUUUGCUGUUGUGUACUUCAGAACCAGGACUCUUGCCUCAUGCCCCCCUCCCACAACAGAAAGAAGGAAAAAAAACAAAACAAAACCCCAAACCUCAUUCUCUGCUGAAGUUCGGGUUUUUUUGUGUUUUUUUUUUAACCUCUUUUUUUCUUUUCUUUUUAAGUGAAGUUUCGGACUUUGAUGUAGUGCACAGCUUGAAUUUGGUCGGGAGCUUAGCAGGGGUCAUUCAACAGAGCUCAGCGUUUCUUGUCAGUGAAUCCAUAUCCCAGGUUGUCUGAAGAACUGCCCCGGCUCGGUAUGGGGAGCAGGCGACGUGGUAGGAAAAUAGGUUGCCGGGGGUGGGGGGGGGAGGGUUUGCCGUGUGUCUAAGGCUUGAACCGCUAGUGGAAGCCUUCCAUUCUAAAAAAUCAGUGCUAGCGAUGAAGAAACCUGCAGCUUCAUUACGGGAAAAGUCUUACCCCAGUGGGUUAUAUAUAAUAUAAUACACACACAUGCACGAACACGAGCGGUUAGCUUUACCGAAGCAGCUCCUUUGCCCAGCCGGAGCUCCUGCCCCCCGUCGCGGGCCGGUGCAGGGCAAAACGGCCGGCGGAGGCGGCCGGUCGGUGGGUCGGCUCCCAUCUUCAGCAGAGAAGAGCGGACGAACAAAACCCUCGGAGGGGGCGGGGGCCCAGCCGGGGACAUUAAGGGACUUUUUGGAAAGCGGCCACUGUGAAAACUUGGUGGUUUUGGGUGGGUUUGUUUUUUUUUUUUUCUUCCUCCUCCCGCCCCGCCCCGGCUCUCGAUUUGAACAGGCUUCCCUUUUGCAAGGUGCGUACAGGAAAAGGACACCAGGGUUUAUAAUGUGAACUGUAACAGUCUACUGGUUUAUUUUGUAAUAUUUUUUUUAACUGCAGUUUUUACUUGCAGGAUGCCACAUUCUCCGAUAGUUUCGAUUUUAAAUCCACAGCUAGAAUCUGUAUUUAAUUUCAUCUUUUUUAACCUCUUGCUUUUUUUGAUCUCUAUUUAUUGAUGCGCGUUGCCACGUCGCCAUUAUGUUUUUACAUUGGUAGAAUAUUAAUAAAAUACACAUCCGAGUGCUCUCAACAGUAAUUUGUACCUGCUGACUUGUAGGAAAGCUGGCUAUAUAUGAGUGUGUGUGUAUAUAUAUUAUAUAAAUAUAUACAUGUAUACAUAGAUACAAUACUGCUUUUUUUAUUUUGUCUACGAUCUCGAAACAGUCUGACUGAAGCGUGAGGUGAAUGCUUGUUCUAGUCCAUCUGUUCAGGGUCCGGGUUUCCUCCCUGCGACGGCGCGUGGCGUGAGCAUCCACGUCUCUUUUUCCUGAAGUCAAAGCAAUAUUCCUCGGGAAAGGGUCAGGUGAGCGGCCGGACGCAGCCGCGGCGUAGAAACGAGACUUUUGGAGACCCGAUCUUGUCGUAGGCUUGCGGUUGGUGUCCGCUGCACCCUUAUCCUCCUUCAGAGAAACCGUAGUCGCCUUUGGUGCUUAUCGAGCUGUUAUUUGACCUGCGGAUCUCUCAGGCAAGCGGUUGCUUUUCGGGAACGCGCGGACCUUCGCGUGGCCCGGCGGUUGCCGGCAGUGGCGGCUUCGGCAAGCUCGGCAGCCGCGGGGGCGGCAGGGGUUUUGCUCACGAGCUCGGUGUGUUUCCUCUUGUACCUUUUAUGCUGUUGACAUGGGAGAUUUUUUUUUUUUUUUUUUUGAAAACUGUCUCUUAGCAGCCCUGGAGCUGACAAAAGCCCUGCCCUCUCUCUCCUGCCUGACACUCGGGGAGGGUUCAGGGAGGCAGGAGCUGUUUCAAGAGGUGAGUGACCACCUACCGUGAAACCGAUAAAACCCUCAUGUUUUCAUCAGUCCUGUGGCGAUUUGCUGUUGGGCACACAAACAAAACAAAACAAAAAAAAGGUUUUAAAGCUUUUUAGCUGUCAUUAAAUUCUGGCUGGCCGCAAAGGAAAGCACGCCCACGUUUAGAAACGGAAGGCUUUCCAAAUCAUUACCUGCAACUUAAUAGAAAGGGUUGAAGAGCAUCUUAACGCGAGAGCUCGGCUAGUCGGUGUCCCGGAAGGUAAGUGCAGGAGCUUGGUUGACCCAGUGAUCCAAAUAGAUGCAGGAAACUCAAAAAGUAGGACAGUGGCAGGGUAUGGAUCUGCUGUAUAGGCGAGACUGCUGAAGCAUCAGCCACAGACGCUGUUAUUUGGAGGCAGUAAAUUACCGAGUCUUUAAAAAAAAAAAAA